UUUCUUCCUGGGGCCGAAGGCGUUGGCCACUGGGCGAAGUGGCUUUCUUCUCAAAAAAAACUGUGAACCUGCGUCGCAUCUCCUGGCUCUUUCUUUUUACCAUCACUCGCCCCCUUCUCCCCCUGGCGCAAGGACCCGCAACACAAUGGCCAACGCUCCCCACGGCGGACUGCUCAAGGACCUCAACGUGAGGGACCUGCCCCUCCAUGCCCAGCUCAAGGCCGAGGCGGCCACGCUGCCCGACAUUGUCCUGACCGAGCGGCAACUCUGUGACCUGGAGCUCAUCCUGAACGGAGGCUUCUCUCCUCUUGAGGGCUUCCUCGGCCAGGCUGACUACGAGAGUGUAUGCAACAACAUGCGCCUCACAACGGGCGAGCUGUGGCCCAUGCCCAUCACCCUCGAUGUCUCCAAGGAGCAGGCCGAAGCGCUCAAGCUCCAGAAGGGCUCCCGAGUCACGCUGCGUGACCCGCGUGACGAUAAUGCUCUGGCCAUCAUCACCGUUUCGGACUUGUACGCACCCCAAAAGUCAAUGGAGGCCAAGACGGUCUUUGGCACCGAGGACCAGGCCCACCCGGCCAUUGCCUACCUCUUCAAGCAGGUCAAGGAUCUUUACGUCGGAGGCAACGUCCAGGCCAUCUCGAGGCCCCAGUACUACGACUACGUCGCGCUGAGGUACACGCCUGCCGAGCUGCGCAUGCACUUCACCAAGCUGGCCUGGCGCAAGGUCGUCGCCUUCCAGACGAGGAACCCCAUGCACCGCGCCCACCGCGAGCUGACUGUACGAGCAGCCAGACAGCGCCAGGCAAACGUCCUCAUCCACCCCGUCGUCGGCAUGACCAAGCCCGGCGAUGUGGACCACUACACGCGCGUCCGUGUCUACUCGAGCCUCAUGCCCCGCUACCCCAACGGCAUGGCCCACCUGGCCCUGCUUCCCCUUGCCAUGCGCAUGGGUGGUCCCCGUGAGGCGCUGUGGCACGCCAUCAUCCGCAAGAACUUUGGCGUCACCCACUUCAUUGUCGGCAGAGACCACGCUGGCCCGGGCAAGGACAGCAACGGCAAGGACUUCUACGGCCCUUAUGAUGCCCAGACGCUCGUGACAAAGUACACGGCCGAGCUCGGCAUCGAGAUGGUUCCCUUCCAGAUGAUGACCUACCUGCCCUCGACGGACGAGUACCAGCCUGUGGACGAGGUACCUUCGGGCACCCAGACGAUGGACAUCUCGGGAACCGAGCUCCGAAAGCGACUCCGCACCGGUGCCGCCAUCCCCGACUGGUUCUCGUACGAGUCGGUGGUCAAGACGCUGCGCGAAUCGUACCCGCCCAAGCAGCAGCAGGGCUUCACCAUCUUCCUCACUGGCCUGUACAACUCGGGCAAGGACGACAUUGCGCGCGCGCUCCAGGUCAAGUUCAACGAGCAAGGCGGCCGCUCCGUCUCGCUUCUCCUUGGCGAGACUGUCCGGUCCGAGCUCUCCUCUGAGCUCGGCUUCAGCCCCGAGGACCGCGACAGGAACAUCCAGCGCAUCGCCUUUGUCGCCGCCGAGCUGACGCGCGCAGGCGCUGCCGUCAUUGCGGCGCCCAUUGCUCCCUACGAGGCCUCGAGGCAGCACGCCAAGGAGACGAUCCAGAAGACGGGCGGCUCGGGCAACUUUUUCCUCGUCCACGUCGCCACGCCCCUCGAGGUUUGCGAGGCCACGGACCGGCGAGGAAACUACAAGAAGGCGAGGAGCGGCCAGAUCAAGGGCUUCACCGGCGUCGACGACCCGUACGAGAAGCCGACCGAGGCGAGCCUCACCGUCGACCUGACUCAGAUUACCGUCGCAGAGGCCGUCCACUCCAUCGUCCUCCUCCUCGAGGCCGACGGCCUCAUCUGAACUGUUGCAGCUUGCGCUGCCACUCCUGUGUAUCAUCCUAAAAUAAUUACUGUGCCUCUGGGCCGUGGAUUAGAAGGAAGCUGCAAUCCGAUAGAUUUGCGAAGGAAGGGAGGAGAAGAGAUUGGACCGAUUGUUCAUUCACUCUGCACGCCGACCUCUGAGCUUAGCGGUGACAAAGG